AGCGAAAGGUAGUGCGAAUCGUCAGCACAGUUGCAGGGGUACCUUUUCUUUGGAAGUCAUGGGGAUUGUAGACCAGGUUCUCGAGUCCUCCAGCUCUGCCUCCCUGUUGGGGGUUCUGCUGGUCCUCCUCCUCGUCUACCUGGCCUCCUCUUUCAGCCUCGGCUCCCCGAAGGACAGGAAGGAACCUCCGGGUCCAACGCCGCUCCCUCUGAUCGGGAACCUGCUGCAGCUCGACCUCAAGAGACCCUACAACACCUUGCUGAAGCUUUCCAAGAAGUAUGGAUCAGUGUUCACCGUCUACAUGGGACCUGAGAAAGUGGUGGUCCUCGCUGGGUACAAGACGGUGAAGGAGGCGCUCGUGAACCGUGCCGAAGAGUUUGGAGACAGACAAGCGAUGCUGAUCAUACGAGAGUUCAAUCAAGGACACGGGGUUAUCUGGUCCAAUGGGGACUCGUGGAAGGACAUGAGGCGCUUUGCUUUGACCAACCUGAGAGACUUCGGAAUGGGCAAGAGGGCGAGCGAGGACAAAAUCAUCGAGGAGUGUGAACACCUCAUUGAAGUCUUUAAGAAACAUAAAGGAGAACCUUUUGACACAACCCAGCCGAUGAACUACGCAGUCUCCAACAUCAUCUGCUCGAUCGUGUAUGGCAGCAGAUUUGAAUACGAUGACCCACAGUUCACAUCGCUGGUGGAUCGAACAAACAGAACCAUUCAACUCGUGGGCUCCCCGUCAAUACAGUUGUAUAACCUGUUCCCGUGGAUCGGUAAAUGGAUUGCCAAUAGGAACGAGGUGGAGACUCUGAUUACUGCCAACAAGAAGCAGAACUUGCAGCUGUUCAGCCGCCUGAAGGAGACCCUCAACCCGCUGAUGUGCAGAGGCUUCGUGGACGCAUUUCUCGUCCGAAAGCAAAAUCUGGAGGAAUCUAAGAAUACCAACAGUCACUUCAACGAUGACAACCUCAUGCAGACGGUUCUCAACCUGUUUGCCGCCGGCACCGACACAACUGCAACCACCCUGCGAUGGGGGCUUCUAUUUAUGGUGAAGAAUCCAAAGAUACAAGACCGGGUCCGCGAGGAGCUGAGCGAGGUGGUAGGGAGUCGCCAGGUGCAGGUGGAGGACAGGAAGAAGCUGCCCUUCACCGACGCCGUCAUCCACGAGACUCAGAGGCUGGCCAACAUCGUCCCCAUGGCGAUUCCUCACAAAACGACGCAGGACGUGACCUUCCAGGGUCACUUCAUCAAGAAGGGGACCACGGUGUUUCCUCUCCUGACGUCCGUCCUGUACGACGAGAGCGAGUGGGAGGAGCCACACAGCUUUCACCCCGCCCACUUCCUGGAUGCAGACGGGAAGUUCAUCAAGCGAGACGCCUUCAUGCCUUUCUCUGCAGGCCGCAGGGUUUGUCUCGGGGAGAGUCUGGCCAGGAUGGAGCUCUUCAUCUUCUUCAGCACCCUCCUGCAGCGCUUCCGCUUCACUGCUCCACCCGGGGUGUCCGUGGAGGACCUGGACCUGACUCCCCGCGUGGGCUUCACCCUCAACCCUUCCACCCACAAGCUGUGUGCUGUUCCCUGUGUGUGAGGAGGGUCGUGGCCUCGAGCCGCGCUCUACGUUCAUGCAGAGCAUGAAGAUAAAUAUUUAACAGAGCUCAAACACCAGCACGCUGAAUUGCUUCUUUAGAAUCGCUCAAGUUCAAGGAAUGUGAAUUAUUCAUCAAAUAGCUUUGAUGCAGAAAUCAAACUAUGUUUUCUUUUAACUGGAAUAUAAUAUAGCAAUAUAGGUACAAGUCAGAUGAACUCAACAAGCUUAAAGGAGCUUCACUCAGUGUAACUGAUUCAGAAACAAAGUUGCAAAUCUACCUAUGAAACUCUAGAAAAAAGUAACUUGAUUUGCACCUGCACCUUUUAUCUUUGUCGAUCUAUGUUUAUGACUAACGUGUAACAGAAAAAAAAAUGCUUCCUGUUUCCAGACCGAUCGUGGUUAAUGUGUAUGUGUGUGCAUAUAUACUGUAUGUAUAUGAACCAAAAAAGCAAUCUAAAUAUCUACUGCAGCACGAACUGAUCAUCUGGAUUAAAUUAACACAAUAAGGA